AUGGCCGAGGAAGAUAACAAACCAAAGAGGUUCAGUGGUGCUCAAGCCACGCCGGGAGCCAGCCGAAGAGGUUCGUAUCACUGGUGGGGAGACGAACCAAUAAAUAUCGACGAAGCUUUGUUCGAUUUUGAAGAGUAUAGCUUUCCCUUCUUCACCCCAUCCACCCCUCUGCUGACAAGACCCCCAGACUCCGCAGAGAACUCUCCCGAGCAACCCGCCAAUCCUCACGUCCAAACUCCCACCGCAACUCAAGAAUACUCACAGCCUCCCGCCGCGCGUCCCGACAAAUCGAAGAUGUGGAAGAGGGCGUAGAGCAAGCCGAGGCGGCAAAGGUCCACGGUUUCGACCUGGAAGAAUACCUACAGCGUAGCAACCAGGAAGCCUACAACUCCGGUAUCAUCUCGAAAAAGAUAGGAGUAUCCUUCCGAAACCUGGGCGUCAGCGGGACUGGGUCCGUGCAUACGGUUGUGUCGACAUUCCUCGAUGAGUUUUUAACCCUGUUCGGGAAGUCCAUUCUGGAGCGGGGGUGGGAGUAUGGGCGGAAGGCUGCUAGCAAAGCCUGGAGUAGAGGGAGGGGAGGAGGGGAUGUCAAGUAUGUCAUUCAGGGAUUCUCCGGAGUAGUCAGACCCGGCGAGAUGCUCUUGGUGCUGGGUAGGCCAGGGAGCGGCACAUCCACCUUUUUGCGCGCGUUAACGAAUCAGAAGAGAGAGUUUACCCGCAUUGAGGGGGAUAUACACUACUCUGGGGUGCCGUUCGAGUUGGCGCAGGGGAGGUAUCGGGGGGAAAUUUUGUUUAAUAGUGAAGGUUGUUUCUUUUUUUUGCUUCCCUCUCCGUCCCGCUUCUCGACAAGGUGAUGAGGCUAAUUCAUGGUGGGGGUGGCUUGAAAAAGAGGAUAUACACCAUCCCACGUUGACCGUCCAGCAAACGCUCAAGUUUGCCCUUAGCACAAAGACACCUGCCACGCGUAUACCCGGGUUGUCGAGAGACGCCUUUGUCCAGCAGAUGCUCGAGCUCUUCGCCAAGAUGUUCGGAAUGACGCACACUUUGAACACAAUGGUUGGCAAUUCCUUCAUCCGCGGAGUGAGCGGCGGCGAGCGAAAGCGUGUGUCGAUCAUAGAAGUAUAUUCAAACCCUCCCCAUCACCAACCCUCACUCGACCAGACUAACCUCCCCCUGCACGAUAGGCACUAGCAUCCCGUGCGACAGUCAACGCCUGGGACAACUCCACACGCGGGCUCGACAGUUCCACGGCGGUAGACUACAUCCACGCUCUCCGAAUCCUGAGCACGCUAACCCACUCAACAAACAUCGUAACCCUCUACCAAGCCGGCGAGCAAAUUUACAGAGAAUUCGACAAAGUCUGUCUCGUAGACAGCGGGCGACAAAUCUACUACGGGCCGGGAUCUGCCGCUGCCCCAUACUUCGAGUCAAUCGGCUUCUACCGGAACCCGCGAAGCACGACAGCGGAUUUCCUGACCAGUGUUACCGACCCAAACAAGCGCAAGAUAAGGCAAGGAUGGGAAGGCAAAGCACCGUUGACUCCGCAAGAUCUAGAAACAGCCUUCAGGAAUAGCAAUCAUUGGACAACCCUACAGGAGGAAUUGGCCGCUUACGACGAGGAAAUCCGAUCCGGUCGGGACGCGCGCGACUUCCGCGACGCCGUGAAGCAAGAUAAGUCCCGGCGCAGCGGGAAGGGCAGUCCCUACGUGGUCUCUCUGCCACAACAGAUAUGGUACCUCAUCAAGCGGGACUUCCAACUCCGCCUGCAGGAUAAAGUCGCCAUGGGCAGCCGGUUCUUUAACACUCUUGUCCUCGCCCUCAUCAUCGGAAGUUUGUUUUACGGGACAACCCGCACAUCCAGGGGCACUUUCACGAUCGGGGGAACCCUCUUCUUCAAUAUCGUCGUGAUCGGGUGGAUGCAGAUGUACGAGGCUAUCGACAUGACCGUCGGCCGCUCCAUCACCUCCAAGCAUACCACCUUCGCCUUCUAUCGCCCGUCCGCACUAGUGUUGGCAAAGACAUUGGUGGACUUGCCUAUUUUGAUGGUGCAGUGCUCGCUUUACACCAUCGUUUUGUACUUUAUGGCCAGCUUGGAGGCGAAUGCGGGCAAAUUCUUUUUGAAUCUGCUGUUUGUGUUUGUACGUCCCCCCUUCUACCACUCUGCAAUACCUUUGACAGAUGGGAUAUUGAUAAUGGUGUAGACAUGCACUGUCUGCCUAACAGCAUUCAACCGUGCCGUCGGCGCCUUCAGUAAAGACCUCAAUGUCGCCAUACGAACCGCCUUUUUCGGCUUGCACGUCAUGAUCUUCUUCACGGGCUACCUGCAGCCAGAGACGAACAUGAAGUCCUGGGUAUUCAGGUGGAUAUACUGGGCGCAGCCGCUGACCUACUGUCUAGAAGCGCUAAUGAUCAACCAACUGGAGGGCGUAUUCAUUAGAUGUUCGGAGGCCCACCUAAUCCCCGGCAUCCCAUCCGCGAGUGUCGCAAACAAAGGUUUCCCCCUCCCCUGUUACCACCCACCGAGUGCUAACCUAUGACCCGACAAGUCUGCUACCUCGCGGGCGCCCAACAAGGCACGGAAUUCGUCUCGGGUACUGACUUCCUACAAGCAGCUUGGGGCUACUCACGGUCCAACGUCUGGCGUAACUUUGGCAUAGUAAUAGCCUUCACAAUCGGCUACCUAAUAAUAGCCCUGAUUGGGGUCGAAUACCUAGAAUACGGAGUCUCCGGCACCUCCACAAGGAAAUACACAAAGCGGCAAUCGGAGAACCAAACACGAAAAUCACCCCCAUCGCCCCUCCUCCCAACAAUCCACUCGGAAACCCCAUUGGAAAGUAAAUUCUCCCAAACCACCGACGGAGAGGAAGACACACCGGAGAACUCUAUCUCUCAGAACGAGCCCAAAGUGCAGGGCGGCGGUUCCUAUUACACGUGGAGAAAUGUCACGUACACCGUUAACCAACGACUCCUCCUGAAUAACAUUACCGGCUACGUGAGGCCUGGGGGGCUAACAGCCUUAAUGGGACCGAGCGGAGCGGGAAAGACCACUCUACUCGACACCCUCUCCCAGCGGAAGCGCGUUGGUGUCGUCGGUGGGGAAUUCCUGCUGGACGGGAAGGAGCUGGCUAUGGACUUUGGUAGGAGUACAGGAUUCGUUGAGCAGCAGGAUGUGCACGAUGGGACAGCGACGGUGCGGGAAGCGCUCAGGUUCUCGGCUGUCCUCCGCCAACCGGCUACCACCUCCCGGAGGGAAAAGUACGCUCUUGUGGAGAGGAUAAUAGGAUUGUUGGAGUUGGAGGGACUGGCGGAUGCCCUGAUUGGCGAUGCAGGGGUUGGGCUAACGGUGGAGGAGAGGAAGAGGGUCACUAUUGGGGUGGAAUUGGCUGCGAAGCCCGAGGCCUUGUUCUUCUUGGAUGAGCCUACGUAGUACCCUCCUUCCCUCCGCCCACUCUUUUCUCUUACUGAUGGAGGGCAGGUCUGGACUGGAUUCUACGGGCGCUUUGUCCAUUGUUCGGUUCCUUAAAAAGUUGGCGGAUGAGGCGGGUUUGGCUAUCCUCUGCACCAUCCACCAACCCAGCGCUAUCCUAUUUCAGGACUUUGACGACGUGCUGCUUCUCACCACCGGUGGUGCGGAGGUCUACUUCGGACCCAUCGGCGACAACGGGACUACGAUCAUAGAAUACUUUGAGCGCAACGGUGCGGCGAAGGCUGCCCCGGAUGCCAACCCCGCGGAAUAUAUCCUCCAGGUAAGUUCCCAAGUUACAAGUCCGAGUGAUAGAUGAAGACUAAGAGAGAAAUAGACCAUUCGUCGAGCUCCAGGACCACGCAGCUGGGCAGAGAUAUGGGAAGACUCAGCAGAGGCGUUGGCAAUAGCUAACGAUAUUGAGAGCAUCAACGGCAGCAGAUCGCAUUUGAACCACGAACGGCAAAACAGAACACUGGAGUACGCCAUGCCGUUGAGCGUCCAAACGCUCGAAGUCACGAAGCGGGUAUGGCUACACUACUGGCGAGACGCUUCCUACGGCUAUUCCAAAAUGUUCUCCAAUCUGAGUAUGUCACUCUUGUGCGGUGUCUUGUGAGUAUCCGUUUUUUAACACCCACCACCAUUUUAUCACCUCUAACGUUCGUGAACGCAACAGAUUCGUAAACUCCCGCAAUACAGUACAAGAAAUGCAAUCCCGGGCCUUUGGAGUCUACGCCAUCGUACACGUGUCGCAAAUGAUACUAACGGGGGUACAACCCAAAUUCCUAGAAUUCCGCACGCUUUACGAGACGCGCGAGCGGAAUAGCAGGAUAUACUCCUCCUCCGCGUUCAUCACUGCCAUGGUGGUGGUCGAGAUUCCCUACGCCAUAUUGGGAUCCCUAUUGUUCUUCUUCCCGUGGUGGUACAUGGAGGGCCUACCCCGUGAUUCUCAUUCAGCCGGGUACGCCUUCUUCCUGAUGGUGCUGUACCAGAUAUGGAUCCCGCACGCGGCCAUGUGGAUCGCAGCAAUGUGCAAGGAUAUGACGGUGAUGAGCGUCGGUACGUACCAACUCCCCAAAUGAUAAUCACAUCCAACUAAAAGCCGAAACAACAGUAAACCCCUUCAUCUUCGUCGUGAUCAACGGCUUCGCCGGAAUCUUCGUCCCCUACGAACAACUCCCAGAAUUCUACAGGAGAUGGCUAUACUGGGUGAACCCCCAAACAUGGCUGAUAAAAGGCCUGAUAUCGACAUCACUCCACGACCUCCCGGUCUCCUGUUCCGACACGGAAUGGGUCACCUUCCAACCCCCCGACGGCCAGACGUGCCGCGAGUAUGCGGGCGAGUGGAUCUCGACCGCCUACGGGACCAUAGCGAACCUGGACGACAGGGAGGAUUGCAGGUACUGCAGGUAUAAAGUCGGUGACGAGUUUUUGGAAACUCUGGAGAUGGCGUAUGUAUAAAUGUGACCCCCACACAGCUCUAGCAAGAAUUGAGAUUGACGGUGGGGGUUAGGUACUCGACGCAUUGGCGGGAUUUGGGCAUAUUCUGCGCUUACAUUUUCAGUAACAUAUUUCUCGUAUACCUGCUAUAUUACCUCUUCCGUGAGGUGCGUUGGAGGAGGGUAUUCGCUGCUUGUAGAUUGGGGGAAAGGAGUAAGCAGGAGUAGUAGUGAAUUGGUUGGGAAGAAUGUGUGUGUGUGUGUUGCUGGGUUCAGGUCCAGCACGGCGGGUAUGGAUGGGUGGAUGGAUAUC